AUAAAGGACGAAGAAGAAGCUACCAGGCGUGCUCAAAGUAGGCGGGCUAAACCUUGUUUAAUAAGAAUGGUUUUCUAAAAGUCAAACUAAUGUCAAUAAUGCGAGCCACGAUACUGAACAGACAUCGGUUUUAGAGUUUCAAUUCCGGGAUCAUUUCUGAUGGCUACUACUGAGAUGGAGUCUGGUUCUUCAGAAAGCAGAUCAGAGCAAGGCACCGCUGACCCUGACUCAAAGUACCCACUGAAGGUUCUUUAUUGUGGAGUGUGCUCUCUGCCUACAGAGUACUGUGAGUACAUGCCUGAGCCAGCAAAAUGUAGGCAGUGGCUCGAGAAAAACUUCCCAGAUGUGUUUGCCAGGAUGACUGUAGGCCCGGCAGCGAAUGCACCCAAGCAGGAACCCGGCACUGGAGAUGCGCCCCCUGCAGGCGAGGAGGAGGAGAAGAAGAAACAGAAGAGAGGCGGAAGAGGUCAGAUCAAACAGAAAAAGAAGACGGUGCCCCAGAAAGUCACGAUAGCAAAAAUCCCAAGAGCCAAGAAGAAAUAUGUCACACGGGUGUGCGGCCUGGCAACGUUCGAUAUUGACCUUAAAGAGGCUCAGCGCUUCUUUGCCCAGAAAUUCUCUUGUGGUGCCUCAGUUACAGCAGAUGAUGAAAUAAUCAUUCAGGGAGAUUUUACAGACGACAUCAUCGACGUCAUUCAAGAAAAGUGGCCUGAGGUGGACGAUGACAGCAUUGAUGAUCUGGGUGAAGUCAAGAAGUGAAGACCAAAUAUGCACUUUUACUGAGAUGGAUGUGACCUGCAACAGUGACAACCUGGCCAAAUGUACACCUUCGGUCAUUUUAUACCUAUUUUAUUUACUGUACAUAAGAAGCUGCAGACUUGGCCACUCACUUGGCAUUUUUAGUUCAUAGCUGCUUUCUCUUGUUUGCCAAAGGUGUGGUAUGACGUGAAUCCCUCCCAGAUGUUGUUCACUCAAGUAAACUGUAGGCUAAUAAAUUUCAGUCUCCUUCA